AUGGAUGGGAACGCAACAAUACUUAAGUGGCUCGGAUGUUUCUUGAUUUUUGGAUUAUCCACAGAGGCUGCUGAGAGACAAGUGUUCUUAAAUCAGAAUGAUGAAAUCCUGCACAAUAUACUGCGGUCCAAGAACGGUUCUGCAGACCCAUGUGUGGAUUUCAAGCACUAUUUCAUUGGAAUAUACGAGUAUGAUGAGCCCAUAAGACAAGCUGAGGAACGUAUUUCGGAGGAGAAUAUGUCUCUUAAGUACCAUUCACUGUUUGAACAACUAAAAAAUGGAACCUACCAACGUGGCAGUGUAGAGGAUAUGGUUUCCAAGCUGUACAACACCUGCCAAACGGCCAAGGAAAGGGGUAACUAUUUACAGAUCGACGAUGUUCGAUAUUUGGUGGAACUUAAUAAACUGUUGAGCACGUACAACCAAGAGACUGUCAUAUACUACCUACUGGAUCGCUUCGAAGAAAGUCAGGUCUGGCCUAACUCGAAUAACUGCGCUGAACUUGUGAGGACGGAUAUGUUUUUUGGCAGCCUGCUGCUCUUUGAGGAACAUGUCCUGGGUGAGAAGAAAGUGAAGGAUUAUCAGUCCCAGGUCCCUCAAAUAUUUAAAGCUAUAAUCAAGUCAUUUAAACGAAGAUUGGAAAGGAAUCGCCUGAAUUUACCACUCUCCCAGAUAUCUGCUUUUCUAAAGUUUCUUGACGGAAUCACCAUAAAUGUGGGCAGCAUGCCAAGUGAUAAAGAUCACCGAAGCUUUGUGAUGGAUUACUAUGCAGAUCUUGACUUAGAUGACGAUGACAAUUUGGAUACCAUGCGAUUAAAGUUAUCCAUGUUACGCACUCGUCGGAUGUUGGAAAAAUUGGAUCAACCGGUGAGCUCAUCUCCGUUUACACUUGACAUCUCCAAUGACGUCGACUUUAACACAAUCAACAUUCCCUAUACAUUUUUGGCCGAACCUUUGUUUAUGACCCGUGGUCACGAAGUCUUUAAGUUCAAUGGAAUUGGCAACUUCUUAGCUCGGCAAAUACUCGCAGCCUUUCAUAACUUGGACGCUGACUACGAUUGCAAGGACCUGACUAACUUUGUGAAAUCUUUAGAUGAUAUAGAUAUAUUUACUCACAAAACAUUGCUCUGCGUUGACGAAGCAACCCAGACAAUUGAGGACCUAAACAGAUUGGACCUAGUUAUCCUAGAUUUAAUUCACGAUGCUUACUUCUCCAAGGAAUCAGGAUUUGACCUAUCACAGCCCUUCUACACCGAUGUGCCGCUAAAGGAGCUUUUCUUUUUGCAAUAUGGACAGCGAUUCCUACACGUAUUUAUUAUGUCCGACUAUAAUUCCGGAUUCAACAAAAUUCUACCCACCAUGCCUGCUUUCGCCGAGACCUUCAAUUGUUCGAGCUCCUCGUAA